AUGGCUCAGCAGACGCCUCUCAGAGGAGACGCAGAGGUCCUCAAGGUCCUCUUGUACGUCCCCAACCUCAUAGCAACUGCGUGCGCCAUUGCGUGCCUCCCAUUUGCUGCAUUCAAAGCGCUCACAAACGUCCUUCAGGGCUACUACGGCGCCCGCCGCCUGGCGGCUCUGCCGAUGCCAGCAGCAGCUUCUUAG